GCAGUGCCAUUCGGUGGCUCAUCGAAUUCAGUCCGCAGAGCGCGCUCCGUUCCGUUCGUUUAGCUCGCUCCGUGCCGUUCAGAGUCCUGUUCGGUUCUGCUCGCUCGCACCCGCACCCGCAUCCGCAUCUGCAUCUGCAGGAGCUGCCAGGCGUCCAGAGGCAGAGAGCCGCCAGGUUUGGCUUCAGUUUCAGUCUCAGUUUCCGUUUCCGUUUCCGACACUGAGCUGAGCUUGGCUUGGCCCGCUGAAACGGACUCGAAUUUCGGAGCCGGACUUGACACCUCAGACUUUGGACUCGGGACUUGGGACUAGGGUCUUGGGACUUCGGACUAACGCCUAGCACUAGACACACACUGGACUGACCGCCAACUGACCAAGUGAGCACUGCGUCCAGGAUGCGAACGUAAACCAAUGCGCAGCAGUCAAUACAAGCCCAUCAACUGCCUGGGGAAGCGAACAGAGGGAAAAGCGGCCAGCGAGCGGACGCAGACUGUUCAGGAAAACGCAAUCCAUCCACAAUCCAAACAAUAGCACAGCCCAGACGAUUGACAAAAUCCCGGCCAGAUGCACUAGAGGCCACCGGAGCACUGAGCACCGGAUCCCAGCGAACUUCAGGAUCUAGUAGUCCACGAGCCAUGAUGCCCAGUCGCGUCAAGCUGAAACGCGGCAUGGAUGGGCCGACGCCCAUGCCCACGCCUACCACAAUGCCAAUGCCAAUGCAAACGCCAAUCGCCACUUUGAACACUGCCAGCAGCCAGCACAAUAGCACAACAAGUAGACGAAAGCCAACACUCACCCCUCCAAGCGGGCCCAUCCCGCUGCUCCUUCUCACGGUCCUGACCCUGCUGGUCCUGGACACCAGAUCCUGCCAGGGCCUCCGGCUGACCAACGGAGGCGGCAGCCUGAGCAAGGGCGCGGCGGCCAACAAGGAGCAGCUCAACAUCGGCCUGAUCGCGCCGCACACGAACUUCGGAAAGCGCGAGUACCUGCGCAGCAUCAACAACGCGGUCACCGGAUUAACGAAGACGCGCGGCGCCAAGCUGACCUUUCUCAAGGACUACUCCUUCGAGCAGAAGAACAUCCACUUCGACAUGAUGUCGCUGACGCCGAGUCCGACGGCCAUCCUAAGCACACUGUGCAAGGAGUUCCUCCGCGUGAACGUCUCCGCAAUCCUGUACAUGAUGAACAACGAACAGUUCGGGCACAGCACGGCCUCGGCCCAGUACUUCCUGCAACUGGCCGGCUACCUGGGCAUACCGGUUAUCUCGUGGAACGCAGACAACUCGGGUCUGGAACGACGGGCCUCGCAAUCGACGCUGCAGCUGCAGCUGGCUCCCAGCAUCGAGCACCAAAGCGCCGCAAUGCUGAGCAUCCUGGAGCGCUACAAGUGGCACCAGUUCUCGGUGGUCACGUCGCAGAUAGCCGGUCACGAUGACUUCGUGCAGGCGGUGCGGGAGCGGGUGGCUGAGAUGCAGGAGCACUUCAAGUUCACCAUCCUCAACUCGAUCGUGGUCACCCGCACCAGCGAUCUCAUGGAGCUGGUAAACAGUGAGGCCCGGGUGAUGCUGCUUUACGCCACGCAGACCGAGGCCAUCACCAUCCUGCGCGCCGCCGAGGAGAUGAAGCUCACCGGAGAAAAUUACGUGUGGGUAGUCAGCCAGUCGGUCAUUGAAAAGAAGGACGCCCACUCCCAGUUCCCCGUCGGCAUGCUUGGCGUGCACUUCGACACCUCCAGCGCGGCGCUCAUGAACGAGAUCUCCAACGCCAUCAAGAUCUACAGCUACGGCGUGGAGGCCUACCUAACGGACCCGGCUAACCGUGACCGCCGCCUCACCACCCAGUCUUUGUCCUGCGAGGACGAGGGACGCGGUCGCUGGGACAACGGAGAAAUCUUCUUCAAGUACUUGCGCAACGUGUCCAUCGAGGGCGACCUCAACAAGCCGAACAUCGAGUUCACGGCGGACGGGGACCUGCGCUCGGCGGAGCUCAAGAUCAUGAACCUCCGACCCAGUGCCAACAACAAGAACCUUGUGUGGGAAGAGAUUGGAGUGUGGAAGUCCUGGGAGACGCAGAAGCUGGACAUCCGCGACAUUGCGUGGCCCGGCAACUCGCACGCCCCGCCCCAGGGCGUGCCGGAGAAGUUCCAUUUGAAGAUCACAUUCCUCGAAGAGGCACCCUAUAUCAAUCUGUCGCCUGCGGACCCGGUGAGUGGCAAGUGCCUGAUGGACCGUGGUGUGCUCUGCCGGGUGGCGGCCGACCACGAGAUGGCCGCCGACAUCGACGUGGGCCAGGCACACCGCAACGAGUCCUUUUACCAGUGCUGCAGCGGCUUCUGCAUAGACCUGCUGGAGAAGUUUGCCGAGGAGCUGGGCUUCACCUACGAGCUGGUGCGGGUCGAAGAUGGUAAAUGGGGUACCCUCGAGAAUGGCAAGUGGAACGGCCUGAUCGCCGACCUGGUCAACCGCAAGACGGACAUGGUCCUCACUUCGCUGAUGAUCAACACGGAGCGCGAGGCGGUCGUUGAUUUCUCUGAGCCUUUCAUGGAGACCGGCAUCGCCAUCGUGGUGGCGAAGCGCACUGGCAUCAUCUCGCCGACGGCUUUUUUGGAGCCCUUCGACACGGCCUCCUGGAUGCUGGUGGGCAUAGUGGCCAUCCAGGCGGCCACCUUUAUGAUCUUCCUCUUCGAGUGGCUCUCGCCCAGCGGCUACGACAUGAAGCUCUACCUGCAGAACACCAACGUGACCCCGUAUCGCUUCUCCUUGUUCCGCACCUACUGGCUGGUUUGGGCCGUGCUCUUCCAGGCCGCCGUCCAUGUGGACUCGCCGCGUGGCUUCACCUCGCGCUUCAUGACCAAUGUGUGGGCACUCUUCGCCGUGGUAUUUCUGGCCAUAUACACUGCCAACCUGGCCGCCUUCAUGAUAACGAGGGAGGAGUUCCACGAGUUCAGCGGUCUCAACGACAGCCGCCUGGUGCAUCCCUUCUCCCACAAGCCCUCCUUCAAGUUCGGCACCAUCCCGUACAGCCACACGGACUCGACCAUCCACAAGUACUUCAACGUCAUGCACAACUACAUGCGGCAGUACAACAAGACGAGUGUGGCGGAUGGAGUGGCCGCCGUGCUCAACGGCAACUUGGACUCCUUCAUCUACGAUGGCACUGUGCUGGACUACUUGGUAGCCCAGGAUGAGGACUGCCGGCUCAUGACCGUGGGCAGCUGGUAUGCCAUGACGGGAUACGGGCUGGCAUUCAGUCGCAACUCCAAGUACGUACAGAUGUUCAACAAGCGGCUACUUGAGUUCCGUGCGAACGGAGACCUGGAGCGGCUGCGUCGCUACUGGAUGACGGGCACGUGCCGUCCGGGCAAGCAGGAGCAUAAAUCCUCGGACCCGCUGGCGCUGGAGCAGUUCUUGUCCGCCUUUCUGCUCCUAAUGGCCGGGAUCCUGCUGGCGGCGCUCCUCCUGCUGCUCGAGCACGUCUACUUUAAGUAUAUCCGCAAGCGGCUGGCCAAGAAGGACGGCGGCCACUGCUGCGCCCUCAUCUCGCUGUCCAUGGGCAAAUCGCUGACCUUCCGGGGCGCCGUCUUCGAGGCCACCGAGAUCCUGAAGAAGCACCGCUGCAACGACCCCAUCUGCGACACGCAUCUCUGGAAGGUCAAGCACGAGCUGGACAUGUCCCGCCUCCGCGUCCGCCAGCUGGAGAAGGUCAUGGACAAGCAUGGCAUCAAGGCGCCGCAGCUGAGGCUGGCCUCCUCCUCGGACCUGCUGAACCACCAUCAUCUCAAGGAGCGGCCGCCACUGCUGGGCAACCUGAGUCUCGCCGCCAGCGCCCAAGAUCUAUACAGGUGGUCGUACAAGACGGAAAUCGCCGAGAUGGAGACAGUGCUUUGAAGCGUUUGGAGCACUUGGAGCACUUGGACCUGCCCACGGAGGAGGGCAUGCUACUCACACUAGACAAACAUUCGCAAUCGUGCCGGAGUGCCAUCCUACAGCGAGUACGUCUAAUCAAAAUCAACGUUUCAAACAAAAUGUGAACUAAAAGCUUUCGAAAGUUAGGGACGAGAUAGCGAAAGAGAAAUGAACCCAAAGCGCCUCACGAAAACCGCACACAACUCGAUAGUCAGUAGUAGAUAGUCGAGGAUAGAGAACCCAGAAUCUAGAAUCCAGAAUCCACAAUCCAGAAUCAAGAACUAAGCCCAGAUUUGCAGCCUAGAAAAGCCCAAAGAUUGUAUAAAGUUAAACUAAAUGUAAAACCAAACCAAAUGUAAACCAAGCGUUAAACUAAGUGGAACAUGGGGAGUAACAAGCUAACAAGCAAAAAAAAAAAGCCAACCAGCCGCCGCACGAGUAUUUCAUAAACGAAGUUUUAAAUGAGAAGUUGGGGAGAUCAACCGUCGCAUUUUUGACGAUUGAACUGUUAAGCGUUAACAAGAAGCAGUAGAGGA